AAUUUUCCGUAACUGAUUUUAAAUUAACUGUAUUGCGUUCGUAACUUAGUUACUUUCGUGCGUUUUCAUAUCAACUAUUAAAAACACGAUGAAGCGAGCUGAUUACUUAGUCGUCAAGGGCAUUGAAAAAAUGUUUACUUUUCACAAAUUAUUUCGAUUUCGUACAUAAUAAGCACAUAUAAUUUCUGCAGCCAUACGUUUUAAAAUAUUGUAUACAAGCAAAUGUAUUCAAACUUUCCAACGAAGAUUGUGAUUACUUAUAAGGAAACAAUGUUUAUAUUUAAAGAAAUUCUGUAGUAAUGGUUUUUAAAACGAAUUUCCAAUCUAAGUCUUUAAAUCAAUCUUUAUUUCAUCGGUAUCCUCUUGAGAAUAAUUACAAAUAUAAAAUGACAUCUAAGUUAAAGGCUUCAUUUCCACCACCCAAUACUUUGAUGAAACCAAAAACUGUUUUGUUUUAUAAAAAUGGUGAUCGAAAUUUUCGAGGAUAUCAUAUUAGUGUAACGGAAAGAAGAUUUAAUAGUUUUCAGAACCUUUUAAGCGAGUUAACACGAAUUACAAACUUGACACAAGGAGUUAGGUAUGUAUUCACACCAACUACUGGUACUCGUAUCGAAUCAUUAGAUGAAUUAGCAGAUGGACAAUCUUAUGUCUGUGGUUCCCAUCCAAAACUUAAAAAAAUUAAUUAUCAACAUGCACCAGAUGGAUCUGAAAGAAAAAAAGUUCAAAAGCAUUUUAUUCCAGUUCCUCCUAUGAAAAUGUAUACAGAAAAAGAUAGUCUGCAUUUUAGCCCAAGACCACGAGUUAUUACUGUUAUUCGAAAUAACUUAUCUUUAGUUCGACAAAAAAGGUGCAUUAAAAUUUUGUUGAAUAAAAGAACUGCUCAAACUUUUGAUCAAGUUUUGAAUGAUAUUACUUCUUCUGUUGGAAUUGAAGGAGUUACUGGCGUAAGAAAACUCUUUAAUCUUGAUGGUAAACUAGUUUUAAGCUUAUCUGAACUGUUUGGUGAAGAAGAUAUUUUUAUAGCAGUAGGUAGUGAAAAAUUUCAACAGUCUGAUCUUCAAGCAAUACUUCAAACUUUUGGUAUUGAUAGAAGUAAAAAGAAAGUUGAAAUUAAUGAUAUUUACAUUCCUAGUGUGAUCGAAUCACCGUCUUCAGGAAAAAAUAAUUUAAAAAGCAAAAAAAAACAAAGUUUAAAUAAGUUGAUCUUAACUAAUUCUAAAAUUGGAGGCUCUUUAAAUGUCAAUCCAUCUAAUGCAGAAGUUUUUAAAGUAUCUAAACUUCCAGACAUUAAAAAAGAAAUUCAUGCAAAAUUUAAAUUAUCAAAUUCCACACCAAAAAAUCCAACACAGAAUUCUAUGAAAAAAUUUUUAACUGAUGAUAAAAAUGUUCAAGAACAUGUUAUACUUGAUUCAGAUAAUGAUUUUACUCAUAAAGAAGAUAGUAUCAAGAAAGAAGAAAAAGAAGAAGUUUAUUUAGAAUCAUCUUUUGAUAAUCAUAAUGAAGCUUUUCUUUCAUCUGAUGAUCAAGAAAGUAUUUCAAAUUCAAAAAGUAAUACAGUUGAAAAUUUAUCUGCCUCAGAAGUUGAUGAUGAAAAACCAAGCAUUAAAGAAGACGAUGAAAAAGAAAGAAUAAAUAUUGGAUCACAAAUGAGCAGCACUAAACAAAAUAAUAACGAUAAUUUUGAAUUUGAAAAAAGCAGUUUUGUCAUUGCAGAUCAUAAAGAUAUAGAAUUGUACUUUGACUUAGGUAAGCAGCUAGGUGAUGGAAAUUUUGCUGUUGUCAAGGAAGCCAUUGAUAAAAAAACAAAUAUAAAGUAUGCAAUAAAAAUAAUUGAUAUGUUAAAGUUAAAAGAUAGACAUGAAAUGCUUGAUAACGAAAUAACAAUACAACGUGCGAGUUCCCAUCCAAAUAUUGUAACAUUAUUUUCUGAUUUUCGAUCACCAACAACAAUUUUUCUCAUUAUGGAAUUAGUAACAGGUGGUGAUUUAUUUGAUUUAAUAUCAGAAAAUGUGUGUUUUGAAGAGCAUGAAGCUGCUUUAUUUACAAGAGACUUGUGCAGUGGACUAAGCUACCUGCAUAGAAGAGAUAUUGUUCAUAGAGAUAUUAAACCAGAAAAUUUAAUGGUCAUGAUAUCACCGACUGGUAAACAAAUACUUAAAAUUGCAGACUUUGGUUUAGCUAUGAAGGUGGAUCAUCCUAUAUAUACAAUAUGUGGAACACCCACUUACGUAGCUCCAGAAAUAUUAAGUGAAAAAGGUUAUGGUUUACAAGUAGAUAUAUGGGCCGCUGGUGUCAUUAUUUAUAUAAUGUUAUGUGGAUUUCCUCCCUUUCGAAGUGAAAGUAAAAAACAAACAGAACUUUUUGAUCUAAUUGAAAAGGGCGAGUUUGAAUUUCCUUCACCCUAUUGGAGCGAUGUUUCUGAAAUUUCAAAAGAUCUUAUCUCUAAGGUUCUUGUUGUAGAUGUGAAAAAUAGGUAUUCCGCAUUGGAAAUUUUAUCUCAUACGUGGGUUACACAAUAUGGGCUGAUGAGAAAUGCAACUCAAUAGGCAGAUUACAAUUCAUAUCAGUUUAAUAUAUACUCUAAAUGACUUUAAAUAAAAUUAGAAAUUAGUUUUAUAUUAUGCAGUAAAAAAAUACUAUACAAAUA